AUGACCACUGCGGUCUGCGAAGGUCUCUGCGCCAACUAUGCCUACUACGGGACGCAGUAUGGAACCGAGUGCUGGUGCGACGAGGGCACGGCCGACUAUGCGCAAAAUGGUCUUGCCGUCUGCGACUAUGAGUGCGCUGGAUCCACCGACGGCGAGUUCUGCGGCGGGUUUGACGCUAUGUCCAUUCGCCAACACGAAGUAGACACCAACCCCGACAAUUACCUUGGAUGUUUCUCCGACCCGGCCGACAACCGCAUUUUCGAGCUGGUGACUUCCUCUGACGACAUGACCGAGGAGGUCUGCUCGGGGCACUGCAGCGCGUACCCGUACUACGGAACUCAGUAUUCGACAGAGUGCUGGUGCGGUGACGGUGAGACCGCCUAUGACACGAACGGUGCCAGCGAGGAGUGCGUGAUGCCCUGCGCGGGCGACGCCAGCGAGAUUUGUGGCGGCCCCUACAGUAUGAGUGUCUACCAGAAUGAUGUGGAGAUCCCUGUGGACCCCGCGUACCGUGGCUGCUACUCCGACCCAGGCACCAACCGUGUUUUCGUGCAGGACGCUUCUUCUGACGAGAUGACCGCAGACCAAUGUGCGACGCAAUGCGCCGACUCGGCCUUCUACGGAACGCAGUACUCCAGUCAGUGCUGGUGUGGUGACAUCAACGCCCCAUACUCCGUCAACGGCGAAGAGUUCCACCUCCGCUAUGACCGCAGAGGCACGUCUCAGACCUUGGGGGCGAUACACUGAACGUGGCGGCCACACGAGCGAAGCGUUUGUCAGUCAUGUUCCUCGACGCACGUGACACAGCUUGGUCGGUGUAGGUCUACGUUUUCGACACCAACAGUUAUGAGUGCACUGAACCGAAGUAGGCGGGCAGGAUUCCACCAUAUGCUGCAACGCGCGGUACCAACAUCGGGUAUUCAGCUGGAAAGAAUAUCGAAAGCAGCGGUGCAGGGGGGAAUGAUUGGUGUCUGAACUUUGGACGACACCUUUGCUUGAAUGUUUGGAUGUUUGAUGUUUCUGUAGAUUUUCGCGGGCUUGGGAUGAGAAGGACGGACUCUGUUCUGCACUAUCGUCCAAGAAGAACAGUAGCUAGGAAGAAGCGUGUUAGAGGUUGAUACACCCCCACAAGGUGGUCACAAAUAUGACAGAGAGUUUGGUGUGGGCAUGUACAGGGGGGCAUCGUGGGGCAAGAGCGUGUAGAAAUGCAGGAGGUACGGAUCAUCGGCGAAAGUUUUGUUUCUCAUUCACCGCUCUCGACCUAUUCAUGCCGGUCAGGUCGUCGACUAGAGCCGCCCGCAGGGCUAUCUCGCAGUUGGGUUGUAUUUCGUGCUCGGGUUUCAUGUCUGAAGUGAAGGAAAGGGGUAUGUACCAAUAGUGGAGUUGGAUUUCCGCAGGUCCCAGUCGUCUGAAAGGUUGUAGGAUAAAACUGGAGUUGUGGUAGUGUCACGUAGAUGGGCGGGUGGAAACUGGCAGCAGAAACUACCCCAACGCUUUCCGACCUGCUGAUGCAAUUCGUACUCCCGCCGGAGGCCCAUGAGGCUUUCCACUGUGUUGAGAGUGGCAAUGUUGCGUGGUUUGAAGUUUGAAGCUGCCGAUAAGACAUGGCUUAUGCAGCCGGAAUACAUACAAUAAAAUGAAUCAAUCAAAGCGUGCAUAUUCUACUGA